GACUGGGACCUGCGUUGUCUGGCCCCGCUCCACCAAUCAGGCCGGGUGGGGAGGGCCGGCUGCGUCCUCUGACCCCGCAAACCCCGCCCCCAGGUUCCCCGGACUCCUACGCUGCCGGAAGUGCACUGCGAGUCCUGACGGUCUGGAAGCAUGGCGGGCGCACGGGGCACGCGUAAUGCGGAGGCGGCGACAGCGCGGCCCGGGAAACGACUUGCGGACCCGGAGCCCGAGCUGGAGCCAGAGCACGAGCCGGAGAGAGACGAGCCUUCUCUCUUCUGUACCCCUGCACCCAGUCUGGGGAAUGGCAGUGAUUCCGGUGUCUCAGACAGUGAAGAGAGUGUGUUCUCAGGCCUGGAAGAUUCUGGCACUGACAGCAAUGAGGAUUCUGCUGCCGAGGGGGAGGAUGAAAUCUGCAGUGAUGAGGACACUGGUACAGAGAAGAUCACCGAGCAGGCUGGUCCUCCCUCCUCAAGGACUGAGGUUGUGAGCACGCAGGAUGAGGAUGAGUAUGCAGAAGACAGCUCUGAUGAGGAGGACGUCCGGAACACAGUGGGCAAUGUGCCCCUGGAAUGGUAUGAUGACUUCCCCCACGUGGGCUACGACCUAGACGGCAAGCGCAUCUACAAGCCUCUGCGCACCCGUGAUGAGCUGGACCAGUUUCUGGACAAGAUAGACGACCCUGACUACUGGCGCACAGUGCAGGACCGGAUGACAGGCCGCGACAUGAGGCUGACUGACGAGCAGAUGGCCCUGGUACAGCGGCUCCAGAGGGGCCAAUUUGGGGAUGUGAACUUCAAUCCAUAUGAGCCCUCAGUGGACUUCUUCAGCGGCGACCUUAUGAUACACCCAGUGACCAACAGGCCAGCUGAUAAGCGGAGCUUCAUCCCAUCCUUGUUGGAGAAGGAGAAGGUUUCUCGCAUGGUGCACGCCAUCAAGAUGGGCUGGAUCCAGCCACGCCGCCCCCGGGACUCUACCCCCCACUUCUACGACCUGUGGGCCCAGGAGGACCCUAACGCUGUGCUGGGCCGGCACAAGAUGCAUGUACCAGCCCCCAAGCUGGCUCUGCCUGGCCAUGCUGAGUCCUACAACCCACCUCCUGAGUACCUGCCCAGUGAAGAGGAGCGCCUGGCAUGGGAGCAGCAGGAACCUGAAGAGAGGAAGCUCAACUUCUUGCCACGCAGGUUCCCCAGCCUGCGGGCCGUGCCUGCCUACAGCCGCUUUAUCCAUGAACGCUUUGAACGCUGCCUUGAUCUUUACCUGUGCCCACGGCAACGCAAGAUGAGGGUGAAUGUGGACCCUGAAGACCUCAUCCCCAAACUGCCCCGGCCUCGGGACCUCCAGCCCUUCCCCACAUGCCAGGCCUUGGUCUACAGGGGACACAACGACCUUGUCCGUUGCAUUAGUGUCUCCCCUGGGGGCCAGUGGCUGGUUUCAGGCUCAGAUGAUGGUUCUGUACGGUUCUGGGAGGUGGCCACUGCCCGCUGCAUGAGGACCGUGACUGUAGGAGGUGUCGUGAAGAGUGUGGCCUGGAACCCCCACCCCACUAUCUGCUUGGUGGCUGCGGCUGUGGAGGACACUGUGCUGCUGCUGAACCCAGGCUUGGGGGACAGGCUGGUGGUGGGCAGCACUGACCAGCUGCUGAGCGCUUUCACCCCGCCCGAGGAACCUACCUUGCAGCCCGCCCGCUGGCUGGAGGCAUCUGAGAAGGAGCAGCAAGACAGCCUGCGCUUACGGAUUUGCCACAGCAAGCCAGUGACACAGGUGACCUGGCAUGGACGUGGGGACUACAUGGCCGUGGUGCUGGCUGCCCAGGGCCACACCCAGGUGCUGAUCCACCAGCUGAGCCGGCGCCGUAGCCAGAGCCCCUUCCGCCGCAGCCACGGGCAGGUGCAGCAUGUGGCUUUUCACCCCACUCGGCCCUUCCUGUUCGUGGCCUCACAGCGCAGCGUCCGCCUCUACCACCUGCUGCGCCAGGAGCUCACCAAGAAGCUGAUGCCCAACUGCAAGUGGGUAUCCAGCAUGGCUGUGCAUCCCGCAGGUGACAACAUCAUUUGUGGCAGCUACGACAGCAAGCUGGUGUGGUUUGACCUGGAUCUUUCAACCAAGCCAUAUAAAGUGCUAAGGCACCACAAGAAGGCCCUGCGGGCUGUGGCCUUCCACCCCCGGUACCCGCUCUUCGCCUCUGGCUCAGAUGACGGCAGUGUCAUUGUCUGCCACGGGAUGGUAUACAAUGACCUGCUGCAGAACCCGCUGCUGGUGCCUGUGAAGGUGCUUAAGGGGCACACACUGACCCGGGACCUGGGUGUGCUGGAUGUGACCUUCCACCCCACACAGCCCUGGGUCUUCUCCUCAGGAUCUGACAGCACUGUGCGCCUCUUCACCUAGCUGGUUGAUGCCGGGGUGUGUGUGUGUGUGUGUGUGUGUGUGUGUGUGUGUAGACCCCCUCAAUAGAGGUCCU